AUGGCAGAUUCCAUUUGGCACGCUUUAUGCAACCAACCCACUCAGCCUGUGUCCACUGAAAAAUAUGCAACGAUUGUGGACGAUUCAACCACUCAACUCCAUGAACCCAUUCACUCCAUCUUGUCAACUCUGGAUCGGCGCGCCAUGGCAUUGACAAAGCUUGCCAACUUCGAAUCAGCUCUUCACGAUGCCAAAGCUAUGCAACAGCUGUCGCCUUCUUUAGCACUUGGAUAUGUACGCGAAGCCGACAUUUAUAGUGAACAAGGAAAACAGCAACAAGCGAUUGACGUAUGCAUCAAGGGACUCGAUCUUGUCGAUACCAACGAUCAUGGUUAUGCCUCCUUGCAACGAGCCAAAAUGGAUGCCGAGCAACGCCAGAAUAAAUGCAUCGACUUUAUCGGCCAGCUUCCUAUGGAUAUUGUGAUCACGACGCUCAUUCCCAUGUUUAUGUACUUACAACGCUGGGAGUCAUUGAAGCCAACCCCCUCUAUGCAUGUAUCACAUGAAUGGCGUAAUCGUAUCAUUCAAUCCUUUAAUGGGUUACGUAUCAGGCUCCAUGAGCUCGACGACGUUUCAGGCUACAUUCCGCUUGCUCGCCAUAUCACGACAUUGGUGAUUUCAUCUUUCACUGAAGGAACAUGGCUUUGUGAUUUAUUCCGCAAUAAUGACCUUUGCUCGUUGAAGGAUUUAACCAUUGGAAAUUACCUGGUUUCAUCACUCAAGUCCGUCCGCAACACUUUGACACACCUUGAGAUUGUGCAGGGUGGAGAUACUGUUGUAGUGCAUUUCCGGAUUCAGUGCAUAUCGCGAUAUGCCCUAG